AUGACCGACACUGCCGGAAAGACCAUCACCUGCAAAGCCGCCGUAGCCUGGGAGGCUGGUAAGGAGCUUAGCAUCGAGGAUGUCGAAGUUGCUCCUCCCAAGGCCCACGAGGUCCGAAUCCAAAUCUACUACACUGGCGUGUGCCAUACAGCUAACAAGAAGGGCAAAGACGCGUACACUCUGUCCGGAAAGGAUCCCGAAGGCGCUUUCCCCAUCGUCUUGGGACACGAGGGUGCUGGUAUUGUCGAAUCCGUUGGUGAGGGUGUCACCAAUGUGAAGCCGGGCGACCACGUCGUCGCUCUCUAUACCCCGGAGUGCAAGGAAUGCAAGUUCUGCAAGUCGGGAAAGACAAAUCUUUGCGGCAAGAUCCGAGCUACCCAGGGCAAGGGAGUGAUGCCCGACGGCACAUCCCGAUUCAAGUGCAAGGGCAAGGAUCUCCUCCACUUCAUGGGCACGUCGACCUUUUCUCAAUAUACCGUGGUUGCCGACAUCUCCGUUGUUGCCGUCCAGCCCGAUGCCCCUAUGGACCGCACCUGUCUGCUGGGAUGUGGCAUCACCACUGGGUACGGUGCAGCGCGCGUCACAGCCAAUGUCGAGGAGGGAUCCAAUAUCGCCGUCUUCGGCGCUGGCUGCGUCGGUCUGUCGGUCGUGCAGGGUGCUGUUGUCAACAAGGCCGGCAAGAUCAUUGUCGUCGACGUGAACCCUUCCAAGGAGGAGUGGGCCAAGAAGUUUGGUGCCACCGACUUCGUCAACCCCAAUGACUUGAAGGGUCAAACCAUUGUCGAGAAGCUGGUGGAGAUGACAGACGGCGGCUGUGACUACACUUUCGACUGCACUGGUAACGUCAGUGUCAUGAGGGCCGCCCUUGAGGCCUGCCACAAGGGUUGGGGCGAGAGCAUCAUCAUUGGUGUCGCUGCUGCUGGCCAGGAGAUUGCCACCCGACCUUUCCAACUCGUCACUGGACGAGUGUGGAGGGGAUGCGCUUUUGGUGGUAUCAAGGGUCGCUCUCAGCUUCCCGGCCUUGUUAGCGACUACAUGAAGGGUGCUCUGAAGGUCGAUGAAUUCAUCACGCACCGCAAGACGCUGAACGAGAUGAACUCUGCCUUUGAAUCCAUGAAGAGCGGUGACUGUAUCCGAGCCGUUGUCGACAUGAGAAAGCUGUGA